UGAAUCGCGCCGUCCGCGCCGACCGCCGUCAGUCAGUAGUGCCUCCGCCGUGACUGCAGCAGGACCCCGACUGGACCGAGCUGCUGCCAGAGUGAACGCCGCACCACACCGCAGUGCACCGCGUCGACAUCAUGAAGUCCCCGAGCACGGAAGGUGGAUGGCUGCCCUUGGCAGUGGUGGCGCUGUGCGUGGUGAGCGCCGCGGUCGCCGCCCCGCAGCAGGCGCCCUCGCCGGCCGCGCUGGCGCCCCCGAAGGAGCCCGCCAAGGCGCUGUGCGUGGACGAGGAGGCCAUGACGCAGGGCAUCAACGCUCGCCAGGCGCUCUCGGAGGGCCAGCGCGCCUUCUCCGUGAACCUGCUGCGCCACCUGGCCGCCACCUCGGAGGGCAACCUGUUCGUGUCGCCGCACUCCAUCUACCAGGCGCUGCUGCUGGCGUACUUCACGGCGGCCGGCCACACGGAGCAGUCCGUGAAGCGCGUGCUGCAGCUCCCCGACGGCCUGGGCAAGAUGGCCACGCUGUACGCCUACAAGUUCGACGAGAAGACGCUGGAGCAGCGCGCCCUCAACUCGUCCAGCUAUGAGCUGAGCUCCGCCAACCGCCUGUUCAUCGACAAGUCCCAGAGCGUGCGCGAGUGCCUGGCCGCCAUCCUGCAGGACGCCGAGCUGAAGGUGAUGGACUUCGCCAGCGACCCGGCCGCGGCCCGCGCCUCCAUCAACCAGUGGGUGGAGAACGUCACCAAGGGACACAUCCGGGACCUCAUCCCGGAGGACGGCGUCCACGAGAACACCAAGCUUAUCCUUGCGAACGCUGCCUAUUUCAAGGGCCUGUGGCAGUCCCAGUUCCCCGCCGAGAACACCCACGCCGAGGUGUUCCACAUCUCCUCUGACAAGCGUUCCAUCGUCAACAUGAUGAAGCAGAAAGGCAGCUUCAACUACAAGGUCUCCGAGCAGCUCGGCGCGCACGUGCUGGAGCUGCCCUACAAGGGCCACGACGUGUCCAUGUACAUCCUGCUGCCGCCCUUCGUCAAGGGCAUGGGCGUGGAGGGCACCGCCGGCGUGUCCAACGGCGUCGACGGCAUCCUGGGCGCGCUCACCCCCGACGUCGUCCUGGACCUGGUUGACGACCAGCUCAUGCCCCGGCAGGUGGAGGUGGCCAUCCCGACCUUCAAGGUGGAGCAGUCCGCCGACCUCGUCCAGACCCUGGAAGCGCUGGGCGUCGGCGACCUGUUCAAGCCCACGGCCAACCUGACCAGCCUGACCGGCCAGCCCGGCAUCCUGUUCGACCGCAUCAUGCACAAGGCCAAGAUCGAGGUGGACGAGCAGGGCACCAAGGCGGCGGGGGCCACGGCCUUGUUCGCGUUCCGAUCCUCGCGGCCGCUCACGCCCAUCCAGUUCAUCUGCAACCACCCGUUCGUCUACAUGCUGUACGACAAGGGCCAGAAGACGGUCCUCUUCGCCGGCGUGUACCGGACGCCCAAGGCCUGAGCACGUCGUUGUGCGAGCGUAUGUGUGUGUGAACUGAGACGCGCGAACAUCAAGCUGGAUGAAAGCGAACGAGACUGGGAGAGGCGGAGAAGAAACGAGCACUUCUUCAGUUCGCCCCGUCUGUCGUGCAGAGCGCAGCCAAGCGCAGCGUGCAGUAGGGCGAUUGCUUCAUUGAGACUGUUGGUCUGUCGGUGCGCCUACCAUACAGCAACUAAAACGCUGGACGUCAUGUCCCAGUCGAAACACUUUCUAGACGACUGUGAUUCUAAGUCAAAUUUGUGGAAUCCCCUCCCAUUGUAGUCCUGACGUUAGCGUGGGUCUUGUGUUUAGUUAUUGGGUUACCAAAGGUGGUGCCUGGCGAUGGUGGCCAACUACUGGAUCCAGAGCCAGAGGAGUUUCUACGUUCCUUCAGUUAAGUAAAGUUGUAAGAAAUCUACAGCAGCAAGGCAUCUUUUGCCACCUAAGAUAGAGAACUUCUCUAAGUGACAAAGGGGAGUUCUUUUAAUAUUUUUAUGGUUAUUAUUAUGAUUGAGGGUCUGUGUACACGAGCUAGUUUGCUGAUUAGCAAGACAUCUGUCCAUCCUGGUGAAUUAGUGUACUCUCAUUUUUCUUUAGGAAGCUUGAAUUUCUUAAGCUUCUAUACACUUAUGACAUUGUAUUUAUUUCUAUAAUUCGGUGAAGAAAAUUUUCUCAGCAGAUUUUUUUAUACAUUUUCUUCAGUCAGCAUUGUACUUAUUAUUGUUUAUUUUCCCUGUGUCUAAAAGGGCAGAAAGAUGAAGUUGUAUAUUUUUUGUUGAAUUUGUUAAGUUUAUACUGCUAAAUUAUUGGUUUUACAGAUCAAGGUGGAAUCUCCUGUAGUCUGUUGGUGCCUCCUGUGAGAGGCAAUUUUAGAAUUGUUGACAUGUCAUCAUGGAUUGAAUUGUUUUCACUGUGGUCAUGUCUCAUGGAUGUUCUUCAAGUAAGAUCUCUCUUAUCCAGGAACUAUAACAACACAGCAAAAUAUUUAAUUUAUUUAUGAAAUUGAAAAUAAAAAUUAAAGUAUUUAUCAUC